CGCUACUCAGCCCUACAUAUAUACCCAUCCCAGAACAUACCCUCCUCCCCUCGUCAUCGCCUGCGGCUUCUUCCCCGCUGCUUCUCCCGACGCUGCCUCUCCUCCCUUCUUAAGCGACUCGAGCUCUCGUCCACUCCGCUCAACACCCCACCCUGCUCUGCUUUCACCGCUUACACCUCCUCGAUCCCUCACCCCAUCAACACGACAUACCAAUGACAGAGUACGACUACUCUCCAGACGCUAUGGAGCGUUACCAAGCAAAAAUGGCCGGCGUAGGCAAGUGGGCCAACGAACAAUCAUACUGGCGUACUGGCUACACCAACCCCUUCACCCCCGAGGUGUCAUCCCCAUCCUCUGCUCCCCGGCCUUCCUCUCGUCCAGAGACUUCCUCCUCCCAUCCGCGCCCACAACCCACUCGCUCGCGCACGCUCCCUGCCAACCUAGCCGUACCCGCCGCCAAGCCCGGUGGGUCGUCCGCGCACGGACACACAUCCCGUGCCUUGGCUUAUGCCCAAGCAGACCCUCACGCAGUACGCCCGUCUACGGGCACCCCUGCCCGCACCACCACCCGCCAUCGCUCUGGUUCGCAACCAGCACCAGUAGAUGUUCGGACCCCGUACCCGUACCCGGCCCCAGCGCCAGGCCAGAAAGUCGUGCAAGCCCCGCGGGGAUCACCGAUGGUCUACGCGCCCCCGGGCGCGCGCGUCAUAUACAAGGAGUACGAUUACGUGCCUGGCAAGGCCACAGUCCUGCCUCCGGCACGGCCAGGCGAGCGUUUCGUCGUCGUGCCUCCUCCCGGCGGCCGCGUAGACGUAAUGUCUGCGGACCGGCUACGCUCCUCCUCGCAUACGCGCUCGAACUCGCGCAGCAGCGGGAGCAAGUCGUCGGGGAGCAGCCCGACGAAGCGCAGCGGCGACCCCCUGUUCAAGCGCAUCCUCACCAACCUGAAGCCGAACAUCGAGUGGGGCCACGACCGGGACAGCUCACGGUCGCGAUCGAGCUCGAGACGGGAGGGAAGCAAGCUGCGUUCGGCGUCCCGGUGACGGUCGCCCGCGCCUCUCGGUUCGUGUCUGGUCUUCUCAGCAUCAUUGUUGCAUUUCCCGUUCAUCCUGCCCAUUUCCCCAUCCCUCGGCGACAUGUCUGUUGUCCACGUCCCGGCCUCCAUCCGCCCAUCUCGCUUCCAUCUCCCGUGCACCCGCUGGCUCGAUCCCACGUUCGCCCCACCAAACCCUUCGUGUGUAUGUUUUGCAUGCUUCCUCGCUUCCCCUCGUCCGUGUCCCGGUCAAUUUCCGUUUUCCCACCUCAUGCGCACAAUUACCGACAUGCGCUUCGCUUUGGCAGCCACGCGCGCACACUAGACACUCUUCUUCACCGCUUUGACAGUGAGUUACGAUUAUCGUCCCGGUUUCGUUUACCGGACCGGAUCUCGAGCAAGGACCCUCGGCUCUCUAAAGAACCCUUUGUCCUCCUCUCCAAUACACUCUUUACUUUUUAAAUGGCUAAUAUUAAUGCGCCCCUCCUCACACACUCUUAUCCUCUUCCCUCGUACACGAUCGCAGUUCCCGGUUAUGAUACAAAUAAUCGCCACUGUCCCCGGCCACUGUAUCCGAUUGUUCGUAGGUUAUCAGCUGUAGCCCUGUAGUUAGACUUGUCACGACAUCAUCACGGUUCUUUUUCU